UCUUUAUUAUAGAUGAAUCCAGAUGAAGAAAAUUUCGAUGAUGACAAUGUUGAUGAUGACAUUGAUGAUAUUCCACCACCACCGGGCGUCGGACGCGGAGGACGUAGACGUGCUUUACCCCGUCGCGUUGUUCGGAAUCGAUACUUGGAGGGUAUGCCCAAGUCUCGAACUGUAGAUGGUGUGAAAGAGGAGUACGACUCCUACAACGACGAUGAUGACCACGAGGAUGAGGAAAUUGCCGAAAUUGCACUUCUAGCUCCUCAACAUGAAUUGUUGGUUGACCGGUAUGAUAGACUCAUCAUGCCAUAUACCGCCACAGAUUUGCAACCCCAAAAUGCGGCGACGAAGGCAAUCAAUAAUGCAUUGAAAUCCAAAUUCCAAGCUUCAUAUCUCAACUGGACGGAGGUCAGGGCAGAUGAACGUGGAUAUCAACAAUUUUGGAAUGGCUUCAGAUCGCAAGUAACUUGGCUAAAUCACCACACAGCGACUAUUGAGGCUAUAUUCAACAAAAAAGCCACCAAGCGUCUGUCGACCUUACUUUUUGAAGCACGGAAAAAGGUUAAAAAGGAUCCUUCAAAACCACCACUCUGGCUCGCUCAGACAAGUUCACUAUGUCCCUUAUCCAUCGACUACGAGGGAUAAGCGAGGUUGGUGUGCCGCAAUAACAUCAAAACCAAGGGGUCUGAUUGAAAAAAAUGAGAUAGAUGAACGUGAAGAUGAACCAUAUCAGGAAGAUGAGAUGUCCAAUGUUGAUGAUGUCAUUGCAGUUGAAACUUUUAAUCAACUUUGUGUACAAGAAGAAGCCGAAGAAGUACCUUCUGAUGGUGAUGUUGAUGAAGAGGACGUCGAAGCUAAUGGUGAUGAUGAAGGCAGUGAUGAUGAAGAUGUAUCAGAUUGGGAUGACAAUUAAUUUUAUAAUAUAGUUACUCGCGUUGUAAUAAUAUUAAUCGUUGUACUUGAAUAUUUG